UCCCGUCCAGUCCCGUGAGGCGGCGCGGCAGCAUGGAGGGCCGGCUGCCCUACGACGACUUCCCAGUGGUGUUCCUGCCGCCCUACGAGAGCCCGCCCGCCUGGGUGCCGCCGCAUGAGAGGGUGUACCACCCCGACUACAACAACGAGCUCACCCAGUUCCUGCCCCGCACCAUCGUCUUGAAGAAGCCGCCCGGGGCGCAGCUGGGCUUCAACAUCCGAGGAGGAAAAGCCUCGCAGCUGGGGAUCUUCAUCUCUAAGGUGAUCCCCGACUCAGAUGCACACAGGGCUGGGCUGCAGGAAGGUGACCAGGUGCUCUCAGUAAACGAUGUGGAUUUCCAGGACAUUGAGCACAGCAAGGCUGUGGAGAUCCUGAAGACAGCCCGUGAGAUCACCAUGCGUGUGCGUUACUUCCCCUACAAUUACCAGAGACAGAAGGAGAGAACUGUUCACUAGCAGGCAACUGUCUGCUGGGUUUCCAGAGGGGCCAUCCUGCUAAGAACUCUCCUUUUCCUCAACAUCUAAGAUGACAUACCGUGUUUCAGCUGUCACUGGAGGUACAACUGUUCUGUUGGCUGCACAGGCAUCGGCUGUUUCCUGCAUGGAGGGAUACCAAUGGAAUCUUAUUUAGUUGGAAGAUGGACAGGGCUUUAGUCUGUACUCCUUGAACUGGAUGUUGAAACAAGCUGUUGAAGCUGAUGUGCACGUGGGUACCAGAGGGCAGCUUCUCUGGCAAGAUCUGUGCUUCUCUCCUAGCACAACUUGAAUUAAAUGUGAGGGCACUGCUGGUUCUGGAUCCAACCCUCGUUACUAGAUACAAGGCAAGAGGGUAUGAGCAUGCUGGAGCACAGCACAGCCUUCGUCCUCCAAGAGAUCAACCUGUUCACUUUUCUGGUACCAUGAAGUUCUUUCCUUCUCUAUUGUCCUACCUCUGCUACUCCCUGCUGGGUUUACUUUGGACUCAAGAACAGGAGUAAAAUCCACUCAAACUCAGUUCACAUAUCUCACUGCACUAGUCUGCCAAGGCAGGUUUGUACCUCUGUGCUGCUUAGCCACCCCCCACACUACAGGACCGAGAUGCUCUCAGCAUGUUUGUGAACUGCUGUAGGUGCUUGACUGGGUUCCUCCCAGGGCAGCAUCGGCACGGUUGAGGGUUUCACACACGGAACCAGCUUUCUUCACUUGGCAUAGUCCUGUCGUGUGCUACUCCGCACAGUAGUACCACAUACUAAGUGGUAUCAGGACAGCCCUUGUGCCGUGGCUAUCUGUGUGGUGUUUUCUGCUUAUCUGUAAUAACUGAAAUAAUAAAAAGUACAGCAACCAGAGUUCA